AGAGGCACAAGUUAUUAUCAGCCGCGAUUUAACGAUGACGGUUCCUCUGGUUGAAAUUGUUUCAGUAUAAAACAUUAAACAAGGUAGGAUCUGGCCGAUAUUUAUUUUACAUCGGGUGCUAUGAUAUCCAGUUAAUUAAUUAAACCCUAAAAGGAGUAUAUUUUGAAUUGUGUUUUUCCUAUGUUUCAUUUAUGUUAUACUAGUUAAAGGUGAAUGUUUAAAUUAUAAAAUAUAGUGUGCUUCAAUGAGCUGAUUAGAUCAAUUUGACACAGAGAAAAGGACUGAAAGGAAUUUUUUUAAAGAAAAUAUGACUAACCGCAAGGAAUCAGAAAAGCACGAAUGCUUAAAAAAUACCUUUCAUUUAAACAGACACGAAGAAAUAGAAUUACCACCCUUAACAAGUGUUGUUAAUUCUAUAAAUCAAAUACAGUACAUCAAAAGCCGUGAGAUACCAGAAAGAGGAACAUGGUCCAGCAAAUUAGAUUUUAUUUUAUCCGUAAUUGGCUUAGCAAUAGGUUUAGGAAAUGUUUGGCGGUUUCCAUACUUAUGUUACAAAAAUGGCGGUGGAGCCUUUUUAGUACCGUACUUUAUUACUCUUUUUUUAGCUGGUAUACCCAUGUUUUUCAUGGAAUUAGCGCUAGGACAAAUGUUGACGAUUGGGGGUUUGGGGGUUUUUAAAAUUGCUCCACUUUUUAAAGGUAUCGGUUAUGCAGCGGCUGUAAUGUCAUGCUGGAUGAAUAUUUACUACAUUGUAAUUUUGGCAUGGGCUAUAUUUUAUUUUUUUAUGUCCCUUCGAUCAGAUGUACCAUGGAGAACAUGUAGUAACUACUGGAAUACAAAAUACUGUGUAAACCCUUACGAUCGAAAUGCUCUAACGUGUUGGAAUAACUACAAUACGUAUAACAACACAUUGACUAAAAUUUGCAACUUAAAUAAAUAUAAUGUAUCAGUAAGCGAGCUAACAGAUCCUGUGAAAGAGUUCUGGGAACGACGAGCACUACAGAUCAGUGAUGGUAUCGACCACGUGGGAUCUAUAAGAUGGGAACUGGCAGGAACGUUAUUAUUAGUGUGGAUUAUCUGCUACUUUUGUAUUUGGAAAGGAGUGAAAUGGACCGGCAAGGUAGUGUACUUCACUGCAUUGUUUCCAUAUGUUCUCCUUACUAUAUUAUUGAUAAGAGGAGUAACAUUGCCAGGAGCAAUGGAAGGAAUCAAAUUUUACGUCAUGCCUAAUAUUCAUAAAUUAGGUGAAUCACAAGUUUGGAUCGAUGCUGUAACGCAAAUCUUCUUUUCUUAUGGGCUUGGCCUAGGAACGUUAGUCGCUUUAGGCAGCUAUAAUAAAUUUACUAAUAAUGUUUAUAAGGAUGCCUUAAUCGUCUGUGUUGUAAACUCUAGUACAAGUAUGUUUGCAGGAUUUGUCAUUUUUUCUGUAGUAGGAUUUAUGGCCCAUGAACAGCAAAAACCCGUCGCUGAAGUUGCUGCCUCUGGGCCAGGGCUCGCAUUUUUAGCUUAUCCAUCAGCAGUGCUACAGCUACCUGGUUCACCUCUUUGGGCUUGUUUAUUUUUUCUUAUGAUAUUGUUAAUUGGUCUUGACUCGCAAUUUUGCACUAUGGAAGGUUUUAUCACUGCAAUAAUUGAUGAGUGGCCCAAGCUUUUAAGAAAAAGAAAAGAACUAUUCAUAGCUUUUGUAUGUCUGAUCUCUUACCUAGUUGGAUUAUCAUGUAUAUCACAGGGUGGUAUUUACGUAUUUCAAAUCCUGGAUUCAUACGCAGUGAGUGGUUUUAGUUUGUUAUUUUUAAUAUUUUUUGAAUGCAUAGCAGUAUCAUGGGCAUUUGGAGUUAACCGAUUCUAUGAUGGAAUAAAUGAAAUGAUUGGCUAUUAUCCAAUUUCCUGGUGGAAGUUUUGCUGGACAGUCUCAACGCCAGUUAUUUGCUUGGGAGUUUUUAUCUUUAACUUAAUUCAAUGGACCCCUGUUAGGUAUAUGAGCUAUGAAUUUCCACUAUGGGCUCAUUUUUUUGGAUGGUUUACUGCUUUUUCCUCGAUGUUAUGUAUUCCAGGAUACAUGAUUUAUAUAUGGCUUACCACGCCUGGUGACAGAAAAGCCAAAUUUCGACUCCUUAUUAAAAUUGAUGAUGAUGUAAAAACGGUACGAGCAAAAAUGCAGGCUGAAGCAAUGGACUCAUCCAUUUAACUGCAGGUCAUACAACAGAUCAGGGCAUACAGAGGAGUUCCAUAGUGCAGUGUGAUUUUCAACAGAGAGAUGUCUAUAGUUAAUUAAGACAACUUAACCUAUAACAAUUAAUCUUGUGUCUUCCAAUAACCAUGCCAAUACAAAUAAAUAUUAAAAUAUAUUGAUAUGAAAACGUACCACAUUGUGUAUAUGUAGAUAUCUUUUUCAUAUUAUGUAUAUCAAGUUUAAAAACUAGUUAAAAUCAUUAGAGCUUACAUACGUAUCAGAAUACUUUAUGUAGAAUAUCUAAAAUAUGACUUCAUAUUACUUAUUGUGUAGUACUUCUAGUACCUAAAUCUGAUUAAACUUAUGUAAAUAAAUGGUGAUUUUUAGUAGCAUAAUGUCACUUAACAGCUUGAUGAAUAUAAUUAUCUAGAACAUAUGAAUAUGAUAAUUUUAUCGAAAGUAUAUGAUCUAUACAAUGAAAUUUUUGAAUAUUUAAUGGCAUGCUGGAAAUGUUUUGAAAAAUGGAAAAGAUAUUAAAAUAUAGGUAGAAGACACCAACCAAAAAAUAUUAAUAUUAGGAUUAAGCCAUUUGUACAUAUCUGCCUCGUUUUGUUUUAUUUAUUUUUAAUGUUUGUCUCCGCUAUAAUUAUUGUUUAAAUUAGUUGUUAUUGUUACGU